UUCUCCUCAAUAAAGAAAUAUGGGAUGCAUUCGAUUAUGAUUUAACUCUAGUGAAUAAAGAUAUGGAUGGAAUUAUGGAGAUCAUACUCAAACGUAAUGUGUUAGUUAAAGCAACACUUAGUAAGCUUUUCCAUGAUUUGCAAUCUGCUAGAAUGGCAAUAGACAAUAAAAAAGAAAAUCUUCACAAAAAGGCAUCGGAAAUUGCAAGAUUUCUUAAGGAUGGAAUUUUAAGUAAAGCUCUUGAAAGGUUUUCUUUACCAGGUAGUUUUUCUGUUGAUGAGGACUUUGAUGCAUUACGUGAACUAAAGAAAGAAGCUACUAGUUACUGUGGAUGUGUGCAUAGUUCUUCUUAUAAAGGACUGUUUAAGGAAAUGGAAGAUCUUGAGAAAAGAAGCAUUCGUUGGAGUAACACAAUUCAAGAAGCAAGAAAAAUAGGGCCUAGAAAGAUAAGAAAAGGUUUACGCAUUGCUGAAAAAAAAUCUGUUAUUGCUGCCCGUAAUGCAAGAGCAUUCAACUAUAGAUUGGUUCAUUCUAGAUUACCAAGUCUUGUUACAAAAACAAUCACUUCAGUUAGUAAGGUUUUCAGACCAAUGCGUCAAUUGUGGAAGAAGUAUGGAAUUGAAGUAAUUACAGAUGUCGAUUUCACUCGAUUCAACAUCAAACAUCCGAAGGAUUGAAUAUCUUUACUAGUGUCAAAGCUUAAUCUAGAUUGGCAGGAAACCAUUCGGCUGUUUAGAGGUUCACUAUACAUUGCCCCCUACAUUUUAACAUUUAAUGUGGUAUCGUUGACAAAAUUAAAAUAAAUGCAG